CCAGAUGGAGAUGUCUGCUUGUAUCUUUUUUAACUGUUUUAGUACAGCCUCCUCUUCGACUUGCUUCUCUUUUUGUCUCUCAGCUUCCUUAUCUUUCCCAGAUGUCUCUGGUUGGUCUAGGUGCGGGGGCUUGAAAUACCGUCCGCUUCUCGUCAUGUGGUCGACUUCUCCAAGGUACCAAGUGUUAUCGGGUUGGUUGUUCCCCCAAUCUUCGUCUGUAUGGGCAAGACAUAAAUCCUCAUCUUCCCACCACAUUCCAUCAGCAGCCGACAGACACCUGUCCGGCUCUGGUAUGACUGUUCUCGUACUCGCGGUACCUUUCACCCCUAUGCUCGCAGCAUUCUCUGUGCCUGCACACACAGCAAUUUCAGUCCCUACAUGGGCCUUUGCCUUUCUGAUUCUCGCGGGAUCUUCAAAUCUUUCUUGUUCCGACCGUAUCAACACAGCUGGCUGCUCAAUAAUUCCUGCAUUCAGAAUGCUCCAAUCUCUAGUGGAAUUCUUAACACCGGCGCUCUCCGGCGAUGUAUUCUGUUCUCUGACUCUUUCGACUAUAACCGACAUUCGUGCCCCUGUCGGACUCUGUCCUGGUUGGAACUCUUCCACUACAUCUGGUUGAUCAUCUAACCACCCAGUGGCCUCUGCUGAUUCCUCAUAGUCAAACUAGUUGAUUGCUGUGCCCUCUGGAUCUUGGUCACUGUAAAACUGGAGAUUGGCAAGGUCCUCCUCCACAGCCCUUAAAUCAUCUGUUCC